GGUAAAAAUAAAAAGCAAGGAGAAACUCUCUGUACAUUUUAGCAAUAAACUAAUUUUUCUGCUCGUUCACAGGUCCAUCUUCCAGGACAUGGUGAGCAUGGACGUGCUGGUGACCAAGGUGAUGAACUUCGCGCAGCGGCUGGUGGACGCGGACCGCGCCUCGCUGUUCCUGCUGGACGCGCGCUCCGGCGAGCUGUAUGCGCGCAUCUUCGACGUGGGCGGCGAGGAGCAGCCGCAGCCGACGCAGCAGCAGCAGCAGCAGCAGCAGCAGCAGCAGCAGCAGCAGCAACAACAACAACAGCAGCACGGCCGCCACGGGCUGGACGCGGGCUCCGGGGCGGGCUCCGAGGACUCGCUCACGUCGGCGCACCGCAUGCACACCGAGGAGAUCCGCUUCCCCAUGGGCACGGGCAUCGCCGGCCAGGUGGCGCGCACCGGCGAGGUGCUCAACAUCCCGGACGCCUACUCGGACCCGCGCUUCAACCGCUCCGUGGACCAGCUCACGGGCUACCACACCCGCUCCAUCCUCUGCAUGCCCAUCUUCAUCCACGGCCAGCUCAUCGGCGUCGUGCAGAUGGUCAACAAGCGCUCCGGCACCUUCAACAAGGAGGAUGAGGAGGCCUUUGAGACGUUCGCCGUGUACUGCGGCCUGGCCCUGCACCACGCCAAGCUCUACGACAAGAUCCGGCGCUCGGAGCAGAAGUACCGCGUGGCGCUCGACGUGCUCAGCUACCACAACACGUGCCUGGACGACGAGGUGCAGGACAUGCUGGAAAAGGGCGUGCCCGACCACAUGCCCCUGGUCGACCAGUUCCAUUUCAACGUGUUCGAGAUCGACGACCUGGAGAAGGCGCGCCACGCCGUGUACAUGUUCAAGGACCUGUUCGGGCUGAGCCGCUUCGACGAGGACAGUCUGAUCCGCUUUGCGCUCACGGUGCGCAAGAACUACCGGAGGGUGCCGUACCACAACUGGACCCACGGCUUCUCCGUGGCCAACACCAUGUACGCCAUCAUCAAACACUGUGGCGACGUGUUCAGAGAGGAGGAGGCCCUGGCGCUGUACAUCGGCUCGCUCUGCCACGAUCUGGACCACCGCGGCAAGAACAACCAGUUCAUGCUGGAGACCGAGUCGCCCCUGGCCUCGGUGUACAGCACGUCCACGAUGGAGCACCACCACUUCAACCAGACGGUCGCCAUCCUGCAGCAGCAGGGCCACAACAUCUUCCAGAAGCUGACCAACAGCGAGUACAAGCACGUGCUGGGGCUGCUCAAGCACUGCAUCCUCGCCACGGACCUGGCCGCCUUCUUCCCGAACCGCGAGCGGCUGACGCGCCUCGUCAGCAACAACGCCUUCUCGUGGGAGAACCCCGAGCACAGGCUGUACCUCAAGGCCAUCGCCAUGACGGCGAGCGACCUGUCUGCCAGCGCCAAGCCCUGGGAGCUGCAGGUCAUGACGGUCAAGGUCAUCUUCGAGGAGUUCUACCAGCAGGGCGACGAGGAGCGGGCCGCGGGCAGGGUGCCCAUCCCCAUGAUGGACCGCACCCAGCCGGAGGCGCAGGCCGCCUCUCAGGUGGGCUUCCUGACCGGCAUCUGCCUGCCGUGCUACUCGCUGCUGAGCGCACUCAUCCCCAGCACCAAGCCCCUCCUCGACGAGUGCCGGGCCAACCUGGAGCGCUGGAAGGAGCUGGACACGUCGAGGCAGCGCCCCGCCAUCCUGGACGUCCCCGCCACGGCCACCGUCCCUCUCGUCCUGCCCAAGCUGUCGCCGGGGCCGGCGCUGGAAAGUAUCCUCUCACAAAGUUCAGAUCUAGAGUUGUCGGAAGGGAGCUCGCUUUUGCCCCGGGUGGAUUCCACCUCGGACUCUUCCGAAGAACUCCCACGAGGUGGAGAAUCUUUAUAGCCUAGUCAAUCAUUUGCUGAUAAUGUUUGUCAUAUCUUUUCAUUCUGUUAAGUAUUCCCUUCUUGUGAGGACCAUCCUAAUGAACUCUGUAAAACGUUGCUCGUUGUGGUUGGGGGUUUGCGGUUGCUACACAAUCUGUGAUCGCAGCUCUUUGAAACUUUAAUGGCAUGCCUUAACAAUUGCAAUUGCACAAAGAAAAUAUAAAAAAUAGAGUUUGUGUAAAAUUGUGGAAAGAUUGAUGAAUGGAAUGAAGCCUUUCUGUCUACAUUACUAUAAUUGUGUCUUCUUAGGACUGAAUUAGUUAUUUUCUAAUCCACUAUAAGUGUUUUUCAGUAUUAAUGCACUACUGGCAAUAACUCUACCAAAAAUGUCUUGUAAGAAUAAUGUUCUUCUUUUAGUGUGUAAACUGGUGUACUAUAGUCAUAAACUUUAGCAUCUUUCCAUCCAACAUAUCAUAUUGAUAAUAAGCAUAAAUUGAUUACUAAGUCAAUCGCCACAUUCCAGAAAAUAGCAGGCCAGUAAUCACAAAAUUUAAUGAUAAUGAAAGAACAAAUACUAUUUAAGCAGCAAGUGUUGGCAAAUCGAUCUAGGGAACUAGACUGAAACUUUCCUCCUAAUUAAUUUCUGUGGCGUAAAAUGUACCUGGACACAAAACUUAAGCUAGUGAAUACAUUGUACAAGAAAAUAUAGCAAGAGAGAUAGAUAGAGAGAGAGAAAAUAUAUUUUGUGGCCGGGCCAAUAAAUCCAAUAAAUAUGAUUGCAUUAAAUCCAUUGUUCAGUAAA